AUGUCAGUGAUGAGAAAUCACACAGCAAUAACAACUUUCAUUUUGCUGGGACUGACUGAUGACCCACAACUGCAAGUUCUGAUCUUUAUCUUUCUGUUUUUCACUUACGUGUUGAGUGUAACUGGAAAUUUGACUAUUAUAAUCCUUACAAUUGUGGAUCCCCACCUUAAAAUUCCUAUGUACUUUUUCCUCAGAAAUUUUUCCAUAUUAGAAGUUUCAUUUACCACUGUAUGUAUUCCCAGAUUUCUGUACAGCUUAUCAACUGGAGAUAACAUCAUCACAUACAAUGCUUGUGCAUGUCAAAUAUUUUUUGUUAUUCUCUUUGGAGCAACUGAGUUUUUUCUUUUGGCAGCCAUGUCCUAUGAUCGCUGCAUGGCCAUAUGUAAACCUCUUCACUAUAUGACCAUCAUGAACAACAGAGUGUGUACAUUAUUAGUUUUCUCUUGCUGGGUGUCUGGCUUGAUGAUUAUAGUCCCCCCUCUGAGCUUGGGCCUCCAGCUGGAAUUCUGUGACUCCAAUGCCAUUGAUCAUUUUAGCUGUGAUGCAAGUCCUCUCUUAAAGAUCUCAUGCUCAGACACAUGGGUAAUUGAACAGAUGAUUAUAAUUGUGGCAGUAUUUGCACUAAUUAUUACAUUGUUCUGUGUCAUUCUGUCCUAUGCAUACAUCAUCAGGACAAUAGUGAGAUUUCCCUCUGUGCAGCAAAGGAAGAAGGCUUUUUCCACUUGCUCCUCCCACAUGAUUGUGGUGUCCAUGACCUAUGGCAGCUGCAUCUUCAUCUACAUCAAGCCAUCAGCAAAGAAAGAGGUGGCCAUAAAUAAAGGAGUUUCAAUUCUAACAACAUCUGUUGCACCCUUGUUAAAUCCAUUCAUUUACACUUUGAGGAACAAGCAAGUGAAACAGGCUUUCAGUGACUCUAUCAAAAAGAUUAAGUUUCUUUCAAAAAAGGGGAAGUUUUACUCUGAGAAAAUUUGUAUGUCUACUUAA